AUGUCUCGACUUACGAUUCUCUUUGUCCUCGCCGUGGCGUGUGAAGUAUUUGGAGAUGGUGUAGGAAAAGACGCCAAAGAUUCCAAGGUUGCUGCAUCUGGGCUGUAUUCAAAUAUCAUUGGCUCGGGUCUGGGUGGUGGCCCACUCAUCGGUGGCGGGUCAGUAGUUGCCGGCCCCGGUCUACCUAGCGGUGCAGCCCUUAACAAUGCCGCUGCAGUAGGAGCGGCACAACUUAAUGCCAUUCAAAACGCUCAAGCCGUACAAGCCACCCAAAUUGCGAACGCCGCCGCCGCUGCCAUCCAAGGUGCACGAGCUGCUGAAGCCGAAGCCCGUGCCAGACAAGCCAACGCUAUUCAGAACGCCCAAGCUUUAGACGCUGCACGUGUUGCCAACUUGCAGAGGGCUCAAGCCGCUGCAUGGGAGAAUGCUAAAUUUAUUGAAGCUGCAAGAAGAGCAGGAGCCGCAAGUGCCCUUGAAAUCGCUCGUGCUGCCGAAGCAGAGCGCAACGCUAACGCUGCGCGUGCCCAAGCCUUAGCUUACGCCAACAUGCGCGCUGUAGAGGCCUCCCGCAUAGCUAACGCAGCCAGAGCUCAAUCGGCUGCGGUUGCUACUAGUGCUGCUCAGGCACAAGCCGUCGCUGACGCUGUAGCUAGGAACGCCCAGGAAGCUCUUCACGAUGGUGGCUCUGGCGUCAUCGCUUUAGUUCCGGCCUCGGCUGGCUACUAUUUCGGACCUACUUUAGCAGGAUUUGGCAAUUAUGGUUACGGGCAAGCUUGGGGCCAUGGCGGUGGUGCCCUUCUAAGCAAGCACUAA